GCAGGGGGCGGCGCCGGCAAUAACAGCAACACUCAAAAUAAAAUAAGCUCCUACCCCCCACCCCCGCCCAACCCCGCACCCUCGCCGUGGUCUUCCGACCGCCCGGGAGCCGCGGGAGGGGCUGCAGGCCGGCGCUCGGGGCCCCGCAGCCCGCGCCAAGCUCGGGGCCCAAGGAGCGCGCUCUCGCUGGGGCUGGCCGGGGCUGGCCCCCCUCCUGCCCGGCCCACCUCGGCUGAGCUCCGAGCGCCGGGGGCGUGCGGGCAACGCUACCCCCGCGGCCCCGUAGCGGGGGCAGGUCGGGCCGGCGCGCGCGCGGGAGGAGGAGGCGGCGCCGCCGUGCGCCCCGCGCGCGUGUGUCCCCGCCGGCGCCGCGGGAAUCAGCUCUUCGAGGGAUCGCGUCACAUGACUCCGCCUGCCCCCGGCCAGCGCGCAGCUCGCCGGCCCCAGCUCCCGGGCCCGGGCGCCGAGCGGCCCCCCCGGAGCGCGGCGCGCGGCGCGGCGCGCACGGACCGGGCUGCGGGCUGCGGCGCGGGGACGAUGUGAGCGCGCGGGCUCGCGGGCCUCCCAGCACCAUGCAGAAGGGGAUCCGGCUCAACGACGGCCACGUCGCGUCGCUGGGGCUGCUGGCACGCAGGGACGGCACGCGCACCGGGUACCUGAGCAAGCGGAGCUCGGACAACACAAAAUGGCAAACCAAGUGGUUCGCGCUGCUGCAGAACCUGCUCUUCUACUUCGAGAGCGACUCCAGCUCGCGGCCCUCGGGGCUGUACCUGCUGGAGGGCUGCGUGUGCGGCCGCGCACCCUCCCCCAAGCCCGCGCUGUCGGCCAAGGAGCCGCUGGAGAAACAGCAUUACUUCACAGUCAACUUCAGCCAUGAGAAUCAGAAGGCCUUGGAGCUGAGGACUGAGGAUGCCAAGGACUGUGAUGAGUGGGUAGCUGCCAUCGCUCAUGCCAGCUACCGGACGCUGGCCACAGAGCAUGAAGCUCUGAUGCAGAAAUAUCUGCACCUGCUGCAGAUUGUGGAGACAGAGAAGACAGUGGCUAAACAGCUGCGGCAGCAGAUUGAAGACGGGGAGAUUGAGAUUGAGAGACUGAAAGCUGAGAUUGCAUCCCUGCUGAAGGACAGUGAGCGCACCCAGGCCACCCAGACUGUCACCCCCAGCGAUGAAGACAGUGACAUCAAGAAGAUUAAGAAGGUCCAGAGCUUCCUGCGAGGCUGGCUGUGCCGGCGUAAGUGGAAGAGCAUUAUCCAGGACUACAUCCGCUCGCCGCACGCUGACAGCAUGCGCAAGCGCAACCAGGUGGUGUUCAGCAUGCUGGAGGCCGAGGCCGAGUACGUGCAGCAGCUGCACAUCCUAGUCAACAACUUCCUGCGUCCCCUGCGCAUGGCCGCCAGCUCCAAGAAGCCUCCCAUCACGCACGAUGAUGUCAGCAGCAUCUUCCUCAACAGUGAGACCAUCAUGUUCCUGCACCAGAUCUUCUAUCAAGGCCUGAAGGCUCGCGUCUCCAGCUGGCCCACGCUGGUGCUGGCCGACCUGUUCGACAUCCUACUGCCCAUGCUCAACAUCUACCAGGAGUUUGUGCGCAACCACCAGUACAGCCUACAGAUCCUGGCCCACUGCAAGCAGAGCCGCGACUUCAACAAGCUGCUCAAGCACUACGAAGCGAAGCCCGACUGUGAGGAGCGCACACUGGAGACCUUCCUCACCUACCCCAUGUUCCAGAUCCCCAGGUACAUUCUCACGCUGCAUGAGCUCCUGGCCCACACACCGCACGAGCACGUCGAACGCAACAGCCUGGACUAUGCCAAGUCCAAACUGGAGGAGCUGUCCAGGAUAAUGCAUGACGAGGUGAGUGAGACCGAGAACAUCCGGAAGAACCUCGCCAUUGAGCGUAUGAUCAUCGAAGGCUGCGAGAUUCUCCUGGACACUAGCCAGACCUUUGUCAGGCAAGGCUCCCUCAUCCAGGUACCCAUGUCUGAGAAGGGCAAGAUCACCCGCGGCCGCCUGGGCUCAUUGUCCCUGAGGAAGGAGGGUGAGCGGCAGUGCUUCCUCUUCUCCAAACACCUCAUCAUCUGCACCAGGGGCUCGGGCGGGAAGCUGCACCUCACCAAGAAUGGGGUCAUAUCCCUCAUCGACUGUACCUUAUUGGAGGAGCCAGAGAGCACCGAGGAGGAAGCCAAAGGCUCGGGCCAGGACGUGGAGCACCUGGACUUCAAGAUCGGGGUGGAGCCCAAGGACGCCCCACCCUUCACGGUCAUCCUUGUGGCCUCAUCCCGGCAAGAGAAGGCAGCGUGGACUAGCGAUAUCAGCCAGUGUGUAGACAACAUCCGAUGCAAUGGGCUCAUGAUGAAUGCCUUUGAGGAGAAUUCCAAGGUCACAGUGCCACAGAUGAUCAAAUCCGACGCCUCUCUGUACUGCGAUGAUGUGGACAUCCGCUUCAGCAAGACCAUGAACUCCUGCAAGGUGCUGCAGAUCCGCUACGCCAGCGUGGAGAGGCUCCUGGAGCGCCUGACCGACUUGCGCUUCCUCAGCAUUGACUUCCUCAACACCUUCCUGCACUCCUACCGCGUCUUCACCUCUGCCGCCCUCGUGCUCGAUAAGCUCAUUGCCAUCUACCGGCGGCCCAUCAGCGCCAUCCCUGCCAGGUCGCUGGAGCUGCUUUUUGCCAGUGGCCAGAACAACAAGCUUCUGUAUGGGGAACCCCCCAAGUCCCCACGUGCCACCCGCAAGUUCUCCUCCCCUCCGCCCUUGUCCAUCACCAAGACAUCCUCACCCAGUCGCCGGCGGAAGCUGUCCCUCAACAUUCCCAUCAUCACCGGUGGCAAGGCCCUAGACCUGGCCGCACUCAGCUGCAGCUCCAAUGGCUACAGCAGCGUGUACUCGGCCAUGUCGCCCUUCAGCAAGGCGGCGCUGGACACCAGCAAGCUCUACGUGUCCAGCAGCUUUGCCAGCAAGAUCCCAGAUGAGGGUGAUACAGCGGCCGAGAAGCCCGAGGAGUCCUCAGCUCUCAGCAAGCAGAGCUCAGAGGUGUCGGUACGGGAGGAGUCAGACCCAGAGCAGACACAGAGCGACGACGGUGACCCUGAGGGCUCGCCCACAAAGUCCCCCACGACGCCCCAGUCUGUGAAGAGCAAGAAUUCCUCAGUUGAAGAGGCCCCGCUGGCCUCCAAGAAAUGGGAUGUGGGGAGAGACAGAUGUGGGGACUCCAGGAACCGCCGGGACAGCCACCCUGACUGCUGGCCAGGCCCUGCUGAUGGCUCCGUACCCACAGAGUUUCCAUUUUUCUCCUACAACAAUGGGGUGGUCCGAGGUUCCUGCCGGGAGUUGGACAGUAGCCGCAGUGGCCUCUCAGCUGCCUCUGCCUUUGCCAUCGCCACCGCAGGCGCCAACGAGGGCACCCCCAACAAGGAGAAGUAUCGCCGCAUGUCCCUGGCCAGUGCAGGCUUCCCUUCUGAUCAGAGGAAUGGAGACAAGGAGUUUGUGAUCCGCCGAGCAGCCACUAACCGUGUCCUGAAUGUGCUCCGGCACUGGGUAUCCAAGCACUCACAGGACUUUGAAGCCAAUGCCGAGCUGCAGAGCAAGGUGAUAGGCUUCCUGGAGGAGGUGAUGCACGACCCUGAGCUUCUGACCCAGGAGAGGAAGGCCGCAGCCAACAUCCUCAGGACCCUGACCCAGGAGGAUCCCGGCGACAAUCAGACCACCUUGGAGGAGAUCACACAGAUGGCAGAAGGCGUGAAGGCUGAGCCCUUCGAGAACCACUCGGCCCUGGAGAUUGCUGAGCAGCUGACCCUGCUGGACCACCUGGUCUUUAGAAAGAUCCCCUAUGAGGAGUUCUUCGGCCAGGGCUGGAUGAAAGAGGAAAAGAAUGAGCGGACCCCUUACAUCAUGAAGACCACGAAGCACUUCAAUGACAUCAGUAACCUGAUUGCCUCGGAGAUUAUUCGGCACGAGGAUGUGGCCGCUCGGGCGAGCGCCAUCGAGAAGUGGGUGGCAGUGGCCGACAUCUGCCGCUGUCUGCACAACUACAACGCCGUGCUGGAGAUCAUCUCCUCCAUGAACCGCAGCGCCAUCUUCCGGCUGAAGAAAACCUGGCUCAAAGUCUCCAAGCAGACCAAGGCACUGAUUGACAAGCUCCAGAAGCUCGUGUCAUCUGAGGGCAGAUUUAAGAAUCUGAGAGAAGCACUGAAGAAUUGUGACCCACCCUGUGUCCCCUAUCUGGGCAUGUACCUCACCGACCUGGCCUUCAUUGAGGAGGGGACCCCCAACUACACGGAGGACGGGCUGGUCAACUUCUCCAAGAUGAGGAUGAUCUCCCAUAUCAUCCGUGAGAUCCGCCAGUUCCAGCAGACGGCCUACAAGAUCGAGCACCAGAGCAAGGUCACCCAGUAUCUCUUGGACCAGUCUUCCGUGAUGGACGAGGAGAGCCUAUAUGAAUCUUCUCUCCGCAUUGAGCCCAAACUUCCCACCUGAGGCUGCGGGCACCCGGACACGCGGCCGUGUACAUAGCGUGGGUGUCUUGGACCCUCCUCCUUAGCGUGUGCUUCUCCAACAAUCUGAGUCCGUCCUUGUCCUCUGGUUCCUGUCGCGCUGGCCCCCUUCCCCCCUCCCGUCCACCCCUGUUCUCCCCGCUCCACAUACCGCGUAGGCCCUGCCCGCUUCCUUCCAGCAUGUUCCCUGUGGUUGUUCUGGGGGUGGGGGGAGGCGGGAGGGGACCCGUCAUCCACAGACCUUCCGCUGACGGCCACUUUCCAGAGUCACUGCUGGCCCGCAGUGCCAGGGCUGGGCUGAGGACACGGGACUGGGGACAUGGGGCCGGGGACAAGGGGAUGGGGACAUGGGGCUGGGAUCAGCCAUCCUUGGUCCCCACCCCCAUGGCCCCCAAGGCGGGAUGCUACCUCCUCAACCAGCCUGCACCUCCCCUGUCCACCCGCACUGCCCUGCCAGCCGGGAACCACACCCGCGUCCCCCCGCCCUGGCCCGCACGCUUGUGUCGCUGCAUCGUCGUCUGUCCCUGUGACUUAGCACCUCUGAGAUGCAGGCGGGGCCUGGGGGACUCGCCCGUCACAGGGCACCUGUCGUGCUGCUCAGCACCUUCUGCUUCUGUGCUGCGGAGCUGGGGGGGCUGCCGCAAACGGCAGACAGCAGACAAAUGCCUCUGUGCAAGCAAUACCCAGUGGUCUGAGAGCCCCACUUCAAGUCUGAUGAUAUUUCAACUCACAGCUCGUUUGGAAAAAGAAACUUCCAUUUUUGUAAAAAUAUAUGUUUCCUGAUUACCUCUUGCUAAUAAAUCUAUUCUAUCUCAGGGUGAA